AUGGCAGCCACCAUUAAGCCCUCUACUGAAGACUCUGAUGCAUUUGAUGACCCUACUCUAUACCGUAGAACUGUAGGUGCUUUGCAGUACCUAACUGUGACUCGUCCAGACUUGGAUUUCUCGAUCAACAAAGUUGCACAGUACAUGUCUAAAACCACAAUUAGUCAUUGGGCCGCUGUAAAACGUAUCCUCUGGUACAUAAAGCACACUCACACUCUGGGUCUUCACAUUCACCGCUCUCAGUCCACUCAACUUCAUGGUUACACUGACUCCGAUUGGGUUGGGUACUUGGACGACCGCCACUGUCAGGGAGGUUACUUCAUCUACUAUGGGCCCAAUCUCAUCUCUUGGUCCUCCAAGCAAAAGUCCAAUGUCUCAAGAUCGAGUACAAAAGCAGAGUGUCGGUCCCUCGCCAUCCUUGCAGCUGAGCUCACUUGGAUUCAGAUGCUUCUUCAUGAAAUGGGUCUACCUUUGGUAUCCUCUCCAGUUUUGUGGUGUGACAACAUCGGGGCAACUUACUUAGCCUCUAAUCCUAUUCAUCAUUCGUGCAGCAAACACGUUGAACUAGAUUUUCAUUUUGUUCGAGAUAAGGUUCAACAUCGCCUUCUUGAAGUCCGUUUUCUCACCAUCGUUGAUCAAACAACUGACAUCUUUACCAAACCUCUCCAUGUUCGACACUUCACUUUCUUACGUGACAAGCUCUCCUUAACAAGCACAGCAUCGCUUGAGGGGGCGUGUUAG